GCCAAUUCUCAUACCAACACUGUGCACCAAAAAGCAGAAGUGAUCUGGAGGAUGUGUGCCAGACAGCUCACUUGUGUCCAGGACUAAGCGGUAGCACUUUGCUGUUGUCUGUGAUUCGGCGCACAUGCUGUCCUAAGAGGGUGUUAUGAGCCCCUAGAAGAGGAGGCCCAAAAUGUCUUAUCUUCCCAGAGCAGCCGCUGAGCUCCAGCCCUCUCUGGAGUAGUACACCCCGUCUCAGUGGGAAACUUAACCAGUCUCCCCUUCCUUCCCUGGCUGGGAGCAGCCGUCAGCAUGGAGGAUACCACAGCCAUAGUCACCACAGUCCAUUGUGCAACAGUCACCAAAGCUGCAAAGCAGCAGGCCCCAGGUGAUGAGGAGGACGAGGAAGCCGGGGGCUGGGACAUAGGAACAGAAAGCUGGAACACACAGAGUGCCGCUUCUGCUGCGAUGAAACUCCCUGUGCUCACGCAGCCUGGCCUGGGGGUAACCACGACAACAGUGACCACCAUCACUCAGACGGGAGGGGAUUGGAGCAGCAGUCUGUUCAACGUGUGUGGAGACAGGACCACAUGUCUCUUAGGGGCCUUUGUGCCCUGUUGCUUGGACCUGAGUCUGGCCCACCAGUACGGGGAGUGUCUGUGUCUGCCCCUGCUCCCUGGCUCCACAUUCGCCAUGCGGGUGGGCAUCAGGGAGAGAUACAAGAUACAGGGCAGCGUCUGUGAGGACUGGACUACAGUGUAUUGCUGCUACCCCCUGGCCAUCUGUCAGAUGAUCCGAGAGAUGAAGAGGAGGAUGAAGAGCCAAACCUACAAGGUAUCCACUGCACUAGAGUGUUCCUGACAACAUGGCUGUCUGUGUGUUUGAUUCAUUCAUCCAGGUCAGGACCACAUCUUAUUCAUAUUACAAUAUUCAUGAUCUAACCUUGGUACCAAACUUGGCUUGUGUAUAGAACCUUCAGAGGCUCAUGUCAUUUCAUUGGUGCAUCACUGAUGUCUACAUAUUACUAUGUCACAGAUGGAUGAUUACUAUGUCACAGAUGGAUGAUUACUAUGUCACAGAUGGAUGGAUGAUUACUAUGUCACAGAUGGAUGGAUGAUUACUAUGUCACAGAUGGAUGGAUGAUUACUAUGUCACAGAUGGAUGGAUGAUUACUAUUUCACAGAUGGAUGUUUACUAUGUCACAAAUGGAUGGAUGAUUACUAUGUCACAGAUGGAUGGAUGAUUACUAUGUCACAGAUGGAUGGAUGAUUACUAUGUCACAGGUGGAUGAUUACUAUGUCACAGAUGGAUGGAUGAUUACUAUGUCACAGAUGGAUAGAUGAUUACUAUUACAGAUUACUGUCACAUCCGUCUAAAUGGUGAUUAUUACAGGUCUCUAUGGGGGUCUUCAUACUACAGGUUCCCGUUUGAUGUCUUAUGGGAGGCCUAGUGAUCAUUCUAGGGUUUCUGAGGACAUCCCUGUUUAAGAUGAGUCGGCAUAUGUAAAAUAAAGUUAUUUAAGUUAAGAAUGAAGUUAAGAAUGUAUUUGGGGAUGGGGACUUAGGCUUAGUAUUUGAGCCUGUGUAGGAUGUGGAACAUCAGUGAUACUUUACCAGACAAUGUUUCAUAAAUGUUUGUAAAGUAAAAUAAAAUUCCUAACCAAUUGUAUGAAACAGUCCAUGUAGGCUAAGCCAUUAAAUAAUAAAACCUAUUUGCAUAUUUGUA